UCGGCCCCGCGCUCAUCCAUCGCUCGGCCGACCGGCUGCUUUCCCCUUGCCGCCCGUUGCCAGGCGCGGCCCCCGCCAUGGAGGGCGACAAGAGAAGAACCAAAGAAGAUACCUGGAAAUCAGAAGAACUUAGGAAACAUCUUAGGGCAUCGCAACCUGAAAGUCAAAAUGAAUUCCAAAAGCACAGAGAAAAGAAACUACAAAAAGAGAAAUCUGUUCAUGACACAGAUACUCACAAACAUGAGCACAAAGACAGAGGGAAGAGCAAGGAGAGAACAAGAGAGAGAGAGAGAUUUAGAUCUGGUGAAAGAGACAGGGAUAAAAUGAGAGAUAGAGAAAGGGGAAAAGAGCACCAAAAAGAAGGAGACCAAGCAAGGCACAAAGAUAAGCAUAAAGAGGCAAGCUUGGAGAAGGAAAGACCCAGCGUAUCAAAAGACAAAGACAGGGAGAGCGAUAGAGAACAAGACAGGAAGCAUAAAAUACAUGACAUAAGGCAAAUAGAUACACCAAAUAAUCUGAGAUCAUUUGAAGGAAGAGAUAAAGAACAACACAGAAGAAGAGAAAGCAGGCAUCAUUUGGAUUUUCUAGAGGAAGAGAAAACAAGAAAUGAAGAGAGAGAAAGAAGGCAUACAGAAAAGAAGGAUAAUGAUACCAGAAAGAGCAUUGACAAAUUUUUAGCCUACAGAGCUGAAGAAGCUGAACUUCUGAAGAAGUUACAGAAAGAGCAACAGUUGGGUAAAGGAGGAGAACGAAGACACAAAGAAAAAAAAGAACAUUCUGUUAGGCCAGGAAAAGAGACACUUUCGAAAGAGAGAAGUCAUAGACGUUAUGAAAAGGAAGAGAAAGAAAAGCGUACAUCAAAGAGAUCUGAGGAGGGAUCUUCCCACAGAGACAGAGAAAAGCAACCAGCAGAAGCUAAUGAGAGAGUGAGAAGUAGAGAAAAUGAAAGAAAGAAGCAUGAUCUAAGGAAUAGCAAAUACAAAAAAGAGGAAAAGAUUCAAGAAGAAAUGAGCCAUCAAGAUGUAAGGACUGUAAAAGAUACAGGAAAACUCAUUAAAAAAGAGGAAAGAACCCCAAGACAAGAGGAAACGGAAGAUACACACAUCUGUAAUUCAGACACAGGAUUUGAUAACUUUUCAACAAAUUAUGAAGAUGAUUUUGAAGAAUAUGAAGAUGAUUUUGAGGAUGAUGAAGACAUAAGUGGUGAAGAAAGAGAAUCAGAAGACAACCUAAAAGAGAUUCCAUUUUCCAGAACAUCAGAAAUUGAAGAAAUUCAAAGAGCAAUUAGUGCAGAAAAUGAGAGAAUUUAUACUUUGCUGAUAGAGAAAAAUGAAAAUGAAAAAAAGGAACCAAUCGUAGAAAGGCAAUGCCCUGUCAGAAACUCUUUUUGUGGAAUAUUCAUGGAUUUUGAAAUGGCGAACCAACGACAAAGUAGCCGAAGUAUGGCUAGUAAGCAGAAAAAACGUUUUUCGGAACUCCUCCCACUAAUUGAUCUGGACUUCUCAGUUAGUUUUUCUUUACUGGAUUUGCCUCCUGUAAAUGAAUAUGACAUGUACAUCAGGAAUUUUGGUAAAAUGAACACUAAGCAGGCAUAUGUUCAGUGUAACGAAGACAAUCUUGAGAGAGACAUUCAGACUGAGGAAAUUGAGACAUUGGAAAAAUGGACCCAGCAUCCAGGAGAAAGUGCCCUUGUAUCUGGAGGUCCCAUAAAUAGCCAGGAUAUAUCAGUGAAUGGAGCUCUAACACCUAAAAUCGAUUCACAAAAAUUAGUGAAUUUCCUCCGCUCUGCUUGCCAGGUGAUUGCUGUUUUGCUAGAGGAAGAUCAAGUUGCAACACAACCCAGUUGGAAUCUAAGAUCUCAACAAACCAGUCUGUCUAUUAGUGACAGCUGUUUCCAGUUAAAUACUAACCAGCCAUUCCUCCAUGACCGAAAAAUAUCCUGCUUAUAUGUCUCUCAAGUUCAGAGGCAGACACUACUCUCCGUUCAUGGUUUACCUGAAAAGACAGGUGUUGUUAAACUGAACAGAAAAAGUAUCAUAUGUGUUUGGAACAUCUGGCAGCCCUCCAGUCCUCAGAAGGUUUUAAUAUGUGACUCAGAGAUAACGUGUUGCUGCUUUAGUCCCAAUAAAACAACGUUAGUUUUUGCUGGAACAAUAGAUGGUUCAUUAUUGGUGUGGGAUCUUCGAGAAGAGUCAAGGAUGCACCCUCAUAUGACAAUCAGUGAAACUGACUGGACAUUUAGAGUUCCAACUUUUUCCACUGAUGGCAUUCUAAACUCAGUAAACCACACCUCUCCUAUACUAGCAGUGGAACCUGUCUCAACCUCCCUGUACGCUGAUCAGAAUUAUGGGCUCUCAGGCUUCUCUUAUCAGGAAGAAAUGUCAAGCCCUCCAUUUCAGAUAGCUUCAAUGGAUGAAAAUGGAAUCCUCAAUAUGUGGGUAGUCGUUGAAUUACAAAAAGUGGAUUUAGCAGGUUCACAAACUGAUUUAGGUUUAAUUCCUGGAGGGAAAGUGAAGUUAGUGCAUAGUUCUACUAUGGAAUUGAAUAACAGCCUUCUCACAAAGGAUGUACGACAGAGAAUGCCCCAAAUGCUGACUAUUAAAUUUCUGACUUCUAAUCCUAAUUGUUUCGUUGUUGGAACAAACAUUGGGCUGGUAGGCCAUGGUACAAGACAUGAUAUAAAAGUUUUUCCAAAGCUAUUCAGACCCCAACAGAGCGGUGUAAGAUCAAUAAGCAUCAAUGCAAUUGAUUUCUUCCCUUUUGGAAAGCCACUGUUUUUGGUUGGUUGUUCAGAUGGAAGUAUUAGAUUACAUCAGAUGACAUCGGAGUAUCCCCUCAUGCAGUGGAAUGACAGCACAAAUGGCCAGCCGAUUAUUGCCCUGCAGUGGGCUUUAACAAGACCCGCUGUGUUCUUUGUCCUGGAUGCAUCAUCUAAUAUUUACAUUUGGGAUCUUCUGGAAAAUGAUUUGUUGCCUGUGGCAAAGCAGGCUAUUCCAUCAGAGAAUGUUGUAACUAUGGCUCUGCUGGGAGAAAAAGAAAAAUCAAGUGGACCGUUAGGCAUUGCACUGGCCAAAGAAUCUGGACAGAUAGACAUUCAGUACAUAAAGAAGAAGUGGGCAGUACCUCAGCCUGAGGAAUCUGAAAAACUGCAUUUGCUUUUACUGCAGUCAUUUUAGAAACAGUGCGCCCGUCUGGGUGCACACAGUACUGCAAAGUAUUUAGAUUGGGGUUUUUUUUAGAUUGUAAUUAAAGGAUUUGUAAUGUAAUUUUGUAUUUGUAUAUAAGUUGUAUAUAUUUCAAAGAAUAUCAGUACAGUAUUUCAGCUGAAAUAAUAUAUUUUAACACAAAAAUGGCAAACUGAAUUUAGCAUUGUUCUCAAAGAUGAACUGUAUUUCAUUAUUGAAAGUACUCUAGAUGUAUAUACUUUCAAAGAAAUACUGAAAAUAUAUUCCUAUAAAUUA